CGCGACCAAACAUCACCGGUAUUAUCCUCGAGAAAAAAAAGCAGAAAGUCCAUCUUCCACCGUAAUUUGAAAAUCAUUUUUUUUGUCGCGUCAACACAGAAUUUCUGUAUACAAAAAAAUUAUUCCCUCUCGCCUUCAUUCUACGUCUCAUCAUGUCUGAAGCAAGAAAGUUACCAAACAUCAUCAUUUGCGGUACUCCGGGAACAGGAAAAACUACUUUGGCUGAACAGCUGGCAGAUGCUACCGAACUUGAGCAUGUGAAUAUUGGUACUGUUGUGAAGGAACAUUCACUGCAUUUUGGAUACGAUGAAAAGUGGCAGACGUACGAUGUGGACGAGGACAAGCUGAUGGAUUACUUAGAAGAACGUGUCAAGCAAGGCGGUUGCAUUAUCGAUUGGCACACUUGCGACAUGUUCCCCGAAGAAUGGAUCGACCUCGUCCUCGUCCUCCGUACCGACCAUAGCAAACUUUGGGAGCGUUUGGAAGGCAGAAAAUACCCACUGCAUAAAAUUCAAGAAAAUAACGAGGCAGAAAUCAUGCAAGUUUGUUUGGACGAAGCUCGUGAGGCAUUCGAUGAAAAUGUUGUCAUUGAACUUCCCAGCGACAGCCCAAGUGACAUGGACAGUAACAUUGAGCGCGUCUUACAAUGGUUAGAGGCUUGGAAGAAAAACCAUUAGUUUCGAAAAAAACAAAAGGAGACUUAUUUUAUUUUUUGUAUAGUAAUAGAGCUGUUUGUGUAUGCAGUGAUCCAAAAAAAAAAACAUUCUGAAGGCUGUCGAAUGCGUUUUCUUUAUUUUUGGCGAGCUUUUUCUUGAAGAAAGUCUCUGAGCUUCAUGCAUGCCUUGUAACGAUGGCUGAUGCUGUUCUUCACAUCAUCGUCCAUUUCAGCGUAUGUCUGUUCAAACCCGUUGGGCUAAGAUGUGUGUUAGCUAAGAACAUCACAUAGGCGGGCAAGCACUUACCUUGAAAACAGGGUUCCAACCAAAAGUUUCCUCACCAGUAGGCGACACAAUGGUUCCAUCAACUUCACCACGGAAAAGUUGGACGGGGUGGCCGGGGCCUUCACAGUAGCCAAAAGUGCAACCGGCAACAGCACCCUUGUCCUCAAAACCGGCAAGCAUUUUGUAGAGACCUGUAGGGUUACGUGUAUUAGCAAACAUAUCUCUGCUCGAAGGCUUCUUCUUUCGCUCUACCGCUUACCCUCACAUCCAAUGCUCUGAUAGAACCAUUUGCUGCAACAGAGUUAGUUACCAACUCGAUAUGUCGACGACUCCCUAACGUACAUAUAUGCGCCUGGAAGACCAUUCAUAGCAUUAAACCCAAGCCAAGUAUCCUCAACAAUCACCGGCCCUUUUACCUAUCAAGAAUUUGUAAGCCUGACAUUCAGGAUGUCCGAUUCAAAAAAUGGAAUCAAUUCAGAAAAUUGCGUACAAUUUCGGCCGCUGUACGGCAUUUUUCAAUGGUAACUUCGUCGGUGGAUCCUUGAAUCUCUGGCACUUUUCCGUGUAAGUAAAUGUGAACAAAAACAGAGUGUUUCUCCUCGCUGGACGCAUACAAUCGUAUUUGUGGUUGACAACUUCAUACUCAUUACCAAGAAUUGCCUUCACCUCACGCAGCUUCAUUUUGUUUCCGGUAACGAAAACGAUUGUUGGGUUUUCUGUUUCUUCUGUUUUUUAUGUAAGCCCAUUUUCUACUUGUCCAUCACAUACUACUCAUGUUGAUAGCUUGAAAUCUCUCGAGACACGCGGUUUACUCGUAUUUUUUGUUUUGUAUUAGCCUUUCUUCGGUGGUGAUUCUGUUUUCACGGUUGCCAUUCUACGUGUAAAUAAAUAACAACAAUGAACACGCUCGUUCUCGUAAUUCCUUUU